CCUGACAAGCUUCUUUGUACUGGUGUCAGUAACAAGGCUUUUUACCAUGGACAAUUCUGCUCCAGCUGCAGGUAUAUAUAAAAAUGGGAAUGACAAGAAGAAAUUUAAAGGAGACAAAUCACCAUGCUCCCCUUCACGUGUCCUUCAUCUUCGUAAAAUUCCAAGUGAUGUUACUGAAGCAGAAGUCAUUUCAUUAGGCCUCCCUUUCGGCAAAGUAACCAACCUCUUGAUCCUAAAAGGAAAAAGUCAGGCAUUUUUGGAAAUGGCUUCUGAAGAAGCUGCUGUUACUAUGGUGAACUACUAUACUCCUGCUACACCUCACCUCCGUAGUCAACCUGUUUAUAUUCAGUAUUCUAAUCACAGAGAACUUAAGACUGACAAUCUACCUAAUCAGGCUAGAGCCCGAGCUGCAUUGCAAGCUGCGAAUGCUAUGCAGUCUGGAAGCCUGGCUGUUACAAGUGCUCUUGAAGGUGGAUUCCUUCCAGGUCAAGGUUCUGUUCUUCGAAUCAUUGUUGAAAAUCUUUUCUACCCUGUCACUUUAGAAGUGCUGUAUCAGAUUUUCUCUAAAUUUGGAUGUGUCUUGAAGAUUAUCACCUUCACUAGGAACAAUCAAUUCCAAGCUUUGGUCCAGUAUGCUGAUCCGGUUAAUGCAUAUUCUGCCAAAAUGGGUCUGGAUGGCCAAAGUAUCUACACUUUGUGCUGCACUCUGCAUAUUGAUUUUUCCAAGUUAACUAACCUUAACGUAAAGUACAACAAUGACAAAAGCAGAGAUUUCACUCGCCUUGACCUUCCUUUUGGUGAGGGCCAGCCACCCCUGGAGCCAUCCAUAGCAGCUACCUUUGGCACCCAAAAUGUCAUCUUCCCAUCAUAUGCAGGGGCUGCAGGGUUUGCCCCAGUCAUGGGCUUUGCUGAAGGUGCUGGUCUCUUGGUUCCACCUGUUCCUGGAGCACCUAGUUCUCUUGCAGUCCCCGCAUCUGCAGCGCCUGGACAGAUAACUGUUCCUGGUGUUUCUGGUGUUCCAGGAAAUUCUGUUUUACUGGUCAGCAACCUCAACCCUGAAGCUAUCACACCACACGGACUUUUCAUCCUGUUUGGUGUGUAUGGUGAUGUGCAUCGUGUGAAGAUCAUGUUUAAGAAAAAGGAAAAUGCUUUGGUUCAGAUGGCAGAUGCAACCCAGGCUCAAUUAGCUAUCAGCAACUUGAAUGGACAGAGGCUUUAUGGAAGGGUCCUCCGUGCUACUCUUUCAAAACAUCAGACAGUUCAACUUCCUCGUGAGGGACAAGAGGGCCAAGGUCUGACAAAGGACUAUAGCAAUAGCCCUUUACAUCGCUUUAAGAAGCCUGGCUCUAAGAAUUUCCAAAAUAUCUUUCCUCCAUCUGCCACCCUGCAUCUCUCCAACAUCCCGCCUUCUGUUAGUGUUGAUGAUCUGAAGAAACUUUUUGCAAGUACUGGAUCUACUGUGAAAGCCUUCAGAUUCUUCCAGACAGAUUGCAAAAUGGCUCUUAUCCAGCUGGGCUCUGUGGAAGAAGGGGUUCACGCUCUCAUUAUGCUUCACAAUCAUGACCUUGGAGAAAACCAUCACCUCCGAGUUUCCUUCUCAAAAUCUACAAUCUGA